AUGGCGGCGCUGGUGAACGGCGUGGGAUGGGGCAUGCGACCGUUGCUGCUAGUGCUUCAGACUCGGGACGUCGGUCCCAGGCGCUGGGUCCGGGCGCUGCGGAGGAGCCCGGUGAAAGUGGUGUUUCCAUCCGGACAGGUUGUAGAACAGAAGCCCAGUUCUGGGAAGCAGCGCCGGAAGGAGGAAUCUGAGGCCGGUCCCCAGGAACAGCAACCGAAGCAGCCGCUUCAGGUGCCUUCAAAUCCUACGCCCAGCGCUUGGGAAGAGUCAGGGCUUCGCUACGAGCGAGCUUUUCCCGGGGACAAGAGGCUGAGCAGUGUAAUGACAAUAGUUAAGUCCAGACCCUUUCGUGAAAAGAAAGGGAAGAUUCUACUGGAAGGUCGUAGGUUGAUUGCCGACGCUCUCAAGGCUGGCGCUGUGCCAAAGGCUUUCUUCUUUAGCCGUCUGGAAUACAUAAAAGAGCUGCCCAUGGAUAAGCUGAAAGGUGUCAGCCUCAUUAAGGUGAAAUUUGAAGAUAUCAAGGACUGGUCCGACCUGGUAACACCACAAGGAAUAAUGGGGAUUUUUGCCAAACCUGACCAUGUUAAGAUGACAUAUCCGGAAACUCACCUUCGCCAUUCACUGCCCUUGUUGUUGAUUUGUGACAAUCUCCGUGACCCUGGGAACCUAGGGACGAUUCUGAGAUCCGCUGCUGGGGCAGGCUGCAGCAAGGUAUUACUUACCAAAGGCUGUGUGGAUGUCUGGGAGCCCAAAGUGCUGCGGGCGGGUAUGGGUGCGCAUUUCCAGGUGCCUGUUGUAAGCAAUGUGGAAUGGGAAGCAGUACCCAGCUACCUGCCCGCUGACACCCGGGUCUACGUGGCUGACAACUGUGGCCUUUACAGCCAGGUCCAGAUGUCCAAUAAAGCCAGUGACCAUGGCUGGGUAUGUGACCGACGAUUCCUGAAGUUUCAUAAGUAUGAAGAGGAGGAGGAGGAUCUAGAAACUGGAGCCAAGAAAGACUGGCUUCCUGACGUUGAGGUCCAAAGCUACGACUUGGAGUGGACAGAGGCACCUGCGGCUGUGGUAAUAGGUGGGGAGACCCACGGGGUGAGCCUGGAGUCCCUACAGUUGGCCGAGAGCACUGGGGGCAGGAGACUGCUGAUCCCCGUGGCACCCGGUGUGGACAGCCUGAACUCAGCCAUGGCUGCCAGCAUCUUGCUUUUCGAAGGGAAAAGACAACUGCGGAUAAGGGAAGAACGCUUGAGCAGGGGCAGGAGUUACCCCUGA